GGUUGCGAUCUGUGACUGUGAAGGUGGAGCGUGAGCUCAAACGCACAACAAUACCAGCCUCUGGUGGACACAACCUUCAGCUCCAGUUCCUUUCCCUCUUCAAUUCUUUCCAACCGUUGAAAGCCACGCGUGGGUGACAGUCUGACAGAACAGAGAGAGCGAGCUCAAAUUGCACGAAAUAAGAAGUAGAAGAAGAGGGAGAAUGUGGGGAUUUGGUGGUAGAUACUACUGGGGAAGAAACGUAGCUGGUGAAAAAGCUGAUGGGGUAGUUGUGGUGUUUGCAUGGAUGUCGAGCGAGGAGAAGCACUUGAUGAAAUACGUGGACCUCUAUUCCUCUGUCGGAUGGAAUUCUCUCGUUUGCCAUUCUCAAUUUCUCAAUAUGUUCUUCCCUGAAAAAGCGACAACUCUUGCUGUUGACAUUCUUAAUGAACUUGUUGAGGUGCUGAAAAUUAGGCCUUGUCCCAUCGUCUUUGCAUCAUUUUCAGGUGGUGCAAAAGCUUGUAUGUACAAGGUUCUUCAGAUAAUUUGUGGGAACUCUGAAGAUCAUAAUAUGGAUGACUACCAGCUAGUUAGGAAAUGUAUUUCUGGCUAUAUUUAUGAUUCCAGUCCAGUUGAUUUUACCAGUGAUUUGGGUGUUCGAUUUCUUCUGCACCCAACUGUUUUAAAAUUGUCCCAUCCACCAAGAUUUGCUUCAUGGGUUGCCAAUGGCAUAGCAUCGGGUCUUGAUUCUCUUUUCCUCAGCAGAUUUGAAUCAGAUCGUGCAGAAUAUUGGCGAACACUCUACUCCACUGUUAAUAUGCAGGUCCCAUAUCUCGUUUUAUGUUCAGAAAACGACGACCUUGCUCCUUUUCAAGUUAUUUCCAAUUUUUCCCAGAGACUAAAAGACCUUGGUGGAGAUGUCAAACUGUUAAAAUGGAGUGAUUCACCUCAUGUUGGUCAUUUUCGGCAUCAUCCAAUUGAUUACAAGGCUGCUAUUACUGAGAUCCUUGGCAAGGCAGUUGCAAUUCAUUGUCACAAAAAUAGACGAAUUGAAGAUGAGAAACUGGGCAUAGAAGGAACAAAAGAUGAGAUCGCAGAUCCGUUCUCUGAAUUAAGGAAAGCAGCAAUGGCCUCAACAAGUUUUCAGGGUUUUGCUCUUGCCCCAAGUGAUAAUUUGUCUUCUAAUUCAAUGGAGUAUUACGAGGGUAAACAUGUUGGCACCAUUGCGGAUGAACGUAAGGGAGGUUUUAUCCAUCUCCCAAGUCGUCCAAGCAUCAAUGCGCAUGGGGUUCUUGGCCAAAUACUGUUUGAUGUCUGUGUGCCCAAGAAUGUUGAGGAUUGGGAUAUCAGGUUGAAUUCCAAGAAUGCACGACUAUUAGCAGGUACAAGGAGGCAUGCUCCAUUUAAUCCUAUAAAAUGCAUUCGGCGCUCAAGGUUGUAAGAUUGUUGACCUACAAAAGCAUCAGGUGAAUUCUGCUAAGGUUGAUGUUUUCUUCAAGGUUCAAAAUUUGGGGAGAUCUAAUAGGCACCAGAGAUGUGUGGUGGUAGAACCUGAAAUAAGAGGCAAAAAGGGCUAAUAAAUUGCCACCUCAGCUGUUCUUUAAGCACUGUGGACUAAGUAAUGUGAUUGAGCAGCUUGCCUUUUUCUUUAUGUAACUUGUACAGCUACUUCAAUGGAGGAAAAAGAUGUUUUGACUGAGAUCACCGAGACAAGAAUAAGGGGGCAAUUGUGAUUGUAGUCCGAAAUUCUGUUCAUAAAGAAAAUAUUCCUAAAUGUUUUUGUCCUG